AAGGAAACAUGAAAAAGCGAGAUCAUCUGUGCCUAUUAUCUGAUUGGCUGUCUCCGAAGCCAACAGCAUUGCCCACCCACAUGUUUAUAUGAAUCGUUGAUCAUUUGUCGAGUCCUCCCACUGAGAGAGGAUCUGUGCCGCGAUCGAGCGCUCAUGGCAGCUAAUGAUUAUCGCGCUUACCUGCGGAAUCAUAUCGACAUGGAAGAGGCUCCGGGGCGCGCCGCGCACACGGGACCCACGCACAGAGCGCUCAUAUUCGGCACGCUCGCUGUCAUGGGACUGCUGCAGGUCGCGUCGAGUGUGGCGAUCUUGUUGCACUUAACCGGUUAUCUGCGAGAGGUCGACCUUGCCUCAGCCCAGCAGAGUCCUAAUGAGGAAAUGCACAGUGAAACCUUAAUAGCUGAUCCUGCCUGUAAAAGUUUUAAGGAGAAGAAUCAGAAAUGUCGACUAAAAAAGGACACGCGUAUGCCAUUAGCUCACCUCCCUAUCAAGACGCCCACUAAUUUUUCAGCCAAAAAUCGAAAUGACUUAACCAUGAUCACCUGGGAUGAAUCUCAAGGGCUGAAAUAUAAGACGAGACACAACGCCGGACGAAUUCUAGUGGAAGAAGCUGGCUAUUAUUAUGUAUACGCCAAGACCUGCUUUCGGUACGCUGAGGAUCACGACUCUAGCAAAGAGGACGUCAGCAAUUUACAGUUGUUUCAAUACAUUUAUCACGAGAAGCACACGCAGUCUGUAAUUACACCUAUUCUGCUUACAAAAAGCGGCGGCACUCUGCAGUGGAACAUCGCCAAGUUUAACAUGUACUGCGUGGAGCAGGGCAGAAGCAUCCAACUGAGUAAUGCCGACGGUAUUUAUGUCAACGUAUCCAAUGCAUGGCUACUGGACCCAGCAGCUGACGGGACGUAUUUCGGAGCUUUUAAGAUAAGCAAUUGAUUUGCAUCGUUUUUGCUACUGAACAUGUUAAUGCACAUUUUGCAACCUUGCAGACCUUUUUUAAAGUGACCAUGAACCACUGAGCACUUGUUUUUGAUCACUGACUUCUGAUUUUUGUUCAAUAUAGAUGACUUUUAAGAGCACAUUAUAACUUUGAACACUUCCUAAUUGUGCCAUUGAAGCUCUUAAGUACCAGCACUAGAAAACCAAGAACGGACUCAGGCCUCUGUCUGUGUUUUGUAGUUAAGUACCAAUACUGGUGCCAUAAUGGGGUGAAGGUUAGGAUGAUUCCAACGAUCAGAGAGUUGGCCCGACGCAAUCCCAGGGUCGCAAUUUCAACGGAGGCCGAGGGACAAAGUUACCCAUGCUGGCGGCUAUCAGUUCAAAAAUGGUACCCAUACUUUUAAAAUGCUCCAAAAGUCAACAAGCCACGAAUCGCAGUGGUGGAAAGAUGCUGGACAGACCUAGUAAAGUACGCCAAACGGUAGUCUGCUGUGACCUUCACAACAGAGGAACUAAGUGCUCGAAUUUACUCCGUAUGAAAUUCUGGUUCACUAAAAUGUUUUAUAAAUGCAAUAGCACAUUUGCAGCCUUAGUGAUGUAAUGUUAGCAGUUAGCACACCAAAAAGUAACUGCCUUGAGAUAGUAAUAAAAGAUGACAUAUCAGUGCAUCCCUAGUUAAUGAAUCAUUACAUUUACCAAGACAUAAAAUAGUUAAAAUACCAUGAAAUGUUUCAUUCUAGCAAGCAUGUUUGAGUCGGACUUUGUAAAAAUGAGAAGAUGCAGAAUCCGUCAAAGACAACUGAAUUGUGCCAAACCGGUGGAUAGUCGCUUACAAUUUCACCCGUUUUACUGAUUGGUGAAUUUCACUGUUGGACAUUUUAGAGCUGCCCUUUUGUUUUUUUCAAAUUUCUUGAACAAAACGCAUACAAGCAUUCAACAAAAAUCGAGGCAGCUGGACUGUCUUUGACUCGGUGUGACAAGCCAUGUGCGGAACCAAACUGAGUUUGGUUUGCUCUAAUUUAAUUUUUGUUCUUUUUUUAAUGCACUAAGUGUAUUUAUUUAUUUUCUAUGAUGACAGAACGUUUGCCAAAUGUUCUGUCUGUUGUACAGUUUUGUAGUGUAUAUAAUUUUAUAAUUGCCUUUAUUACAUUCUUAAAGAGGUUUUUGGAUGAAGGGCAUUGACUUUAGGUCAGUUAUACAUGCGCUUUUGUCCCAGGCACAGGGCUCCUGUUUAAAGCAUAAAUGGAUUAGUUUCUCACUAAGAAACUUUAUAUUUAAGUACAAUUCAUUUGACAAUUCUGUGUGCAAAUGUUUGUGGACAGCAGAAUAUAAUGGUGCCAUUGCCAACCCAAAGCGGGCCAAAAAAGGCUUGCGGCCUUAAAGUCUAAUAUUUGUUCUUCAUAUGUUAGCAAAAGUUUUGUUUAAUUAUGUUUAUUUAUACUAUUCUGCCUAAUAAAGAUACUUUUUUUAAA